UGAACUUCCUGCUAUGUAUCAAAAUCAAAGCCUUCGCGAUAAUAUAAAUAGUAAACGCGAGCUCGAUUAAAACAGUUGCGAUCAGAAGUCGAACAAAACACGUACAAUGGCCUCUAAGUUUGUUGUCCUCGCUUUAUUGGUAGCUGCCGCCCAAGGCAGUGCCGUCCAUGGAGGUGACUACUCCAGCUUCUCCUAUGGAGUAGCGGACCCCCACACCGGUGACGUCAAGAGCCAGCACGAGACCCGCAACGGUGACAACGUGGUCGGCCAGUACUCUCUGCUGGAAUCUGAUGGCACCCGCCGGACAGUAGACUACGCUGCUGACGCCCACAACGGUUUCAACGCUGUUGUCCGCAAAGACCCAGCUCUGGUAGCCCACGCUCCAGCUGUUGUCGCCGCUCCCGUCGCAUACUCCGCCUCUCCUCUUGCGUACGGAGCUCAUGCUCGCGUCGCUUACGCUGCCCCCGCCUACGCCGCAUCCGCCUACGCCGCUCCCGCUUACUCAGCUCACCCAUCUCCCCUUGCCUACAACUCAUACGCCGCUCCAGUCGCCGUCAACGCCUACGCUGCCGCUCCAGUCGCUGUCAACGCCUACGCUGCCGCUCCUCUCGCCCAUGGAGCCGUCGCUUACGGUUCUCCCUUGGGUUACGGUUACGGCGCUCAUGGUCUUAACGCCCGUUUCGCCUGGUAAUUAAUCGAUAAAAAAUAACUGUGAUCUUAGCUAACUUAUCUAUUAAAUGUUCCUCAGAAAUGCGUUCCCAUCUUGUAAAUACGAAGUUAUUGUAAUAUAAACUUUUAUUACAA